GAAAAGACAACAGUGGUCUGACUGAGUCUGAAUUGCCUACAAACGUUGACCCUCCCGGGAUGGAAGGCAGCUACCUGAACCUAAAGGAACCCGGUGUGAAGGUUCCGAGUGAGCGCCCGGGGUCCGACCUAUCCAGCCCUCUAGACAAAGGUGAGGCUGAGAGCAACAAAGGCAAGAAGAGACGCAAUCGCACAACGUUCACCAGCUACCAGCUGGAAGAGCUGGAGAAAGUCUUCCAGAAGACACAUUACCCAGAUGUUUAUGCCCGAGAGCAGCUGGCUCUGAGGACAGACCUGACAGAGGCUCGAGUUCAGGUGUGGUUCCAGAAUCGCAGAGCCAAGUGGAGGAAGAGAGAGCGUUUCGGUCAAAUGCAACAAGUCCGCACACAUUUCUCCACUGCGUAUGAGCUGCCUCUUCUCACCCGACCUGAAAAUUACGCUCAGAUCCAGAACCCCUCGUGGAUUGGGAGCAGCAGUGGAGCCUCUCCAGUGCCAGGCUGCGUUGUGCCGUGCGAUCCGGUUCCCUCCUGCAUGCCCCCUCAUCCUCACGGCCCUGGCGGGGUCUCUGACUUCCUGGGCGUGCCCAGUCCAGGGAGCAGCCACAUGGGACAGACACACAUGGGCAGCCUGUUUGGAGGCGCUGGGAUCGGCGGGGGGAUCAAUGGUUAUGACCUCAACAUGGAUCCAGACCGCAAGUCCUCCAGCAUAGCUGCGCUACGGAUGAAGGCCAAGGAACACAGCGCAGCCAUCUCCUGGGCUACAUGAUGUCCUGUCGCAGGUUCCUCCCUGCCUCCGUAUGGCCAACAGCCAUCAGCAAGCACUGAGGGGUGGAGGGGAUAGGAAGUGGGGGUGUGGGGGUGUUGGGGUCUGAAAGCACUAAUGAUAAUGCAGGUCACAUGAACAGACUGUGGAGAUAAGAGAGCCUGAUAGAGCAGCCAACACAAGGCAAAUGUGACAAUCAGAGUCAGCCGAUGUUGAAAAAAAAUGCAGAGAUGUUGCUUCUUUCCUCUUUCCUUAAUGUUUCAGGCCUCACUGAAUUAUUGAGUUUACACACCCCAUAAAUCUAGCUGUCCCUGAACUGGUGAGAAGUUUGGAAAAACAAGAGCAAACAAGUAUGGUUUAAACAGCAAUCAUAACAGAAUACAUAACUUCUGCUGUUGUGUAUCAAACACAUCACGACAGAUUCACAUCGUUUGUCUCCUUUUUCACAUUUUUAUUUUAUCUGUUCCGACACAUUCAGUCUUUCCCUCAUACUGCAUAAAUUAGUUUAGGUGCACUUUUAAACAAACUUUGCAUUUUGUAAGCUGUCUAACAUCACGUCCACUCACUGUGAGCAAUCCCAGAUGCUCGAAAAGAGCUUAGAGUUUAUUUUCUGUCACUUUCUAUUGCAAACUACAUCUGUGACAGAAAGCAAUAAUUUUCGUCCCGACCUGUUCAGGCUAGUUUACGUCUCCGUGGAAAAAAAAAAAAAAAAAAACAGCAUGAAGCUAAUCAAGCACAAACAGAUAUGGUGUGUCAGUUUAGUCAGGGUAGCAGGCAGGCAGGCAGGCAGGCUGUAAUUUUUAAAGCAUCUUGUCAUUUCCCCCUCCCAGGCCUGCAUAUGCAGGUUUCCCCCGCUCGACUCAGGGUUCAGAUUACAGGAAACGGGGUCUCGACUGGCAGACAUGAUGCUGCAAAACGCAGCGGCAACCUUUAACACCAGCUCACCGUGCCAGCUUCAAUCAGCAAGCAGCAGGAAGAGACAAACUUAAUUAGCAUCAAUGUGAGAUGUCGUGUCCUUCAUCACACUAAAUAACACAGCCGGCAUGGUGAGAAGGCACGCUCAGAUGCUUGAUUCGUUGUUGUUUUUGGUGAAAAGCGAGCAUUGGAUAUUUGUCUUGUUCUUAAAAUCUGCCACAGAGUGCAGGCUGAAUCAGUAGGCCUUCUGUAAUGGUCGUCUAAAGUGAGGCAUGCCUGCAGAGCUGUACUGUCACCAGCUGAUCUCCAACUUGGAAACAAAACACAGGUUUCAUUAGUGUUUUGGCUGAUAUAGCUGAAUCCUUUUUAUCCCUUUCCUUAGCUUCACCUAUUUAACCCUUAAUUCAAAGUUGCAAACUGAAAAUAUUGCUUUGCAGCACCAAACUCUCCUUCUAAAACCUGAUACGUGCCUUUCCUUGUACAUAAACACAGUCAAGUUUUCGCCAGACCUCCAGUUGUGAUGCUUUAUAUUUGUUAAGAAAGAACAAGAAGACACAACAAAUUAUUAAACAGUGUGAGUCAAAAGUUACAGGACACCCUUAUAUUUCACAUAAAAGGAAAAUGACAUUUCCAAUUACCUCAGUAAGUCAUAGGUGGGGCGGGGGUAUUUUUGGAAAAACUUGUCCUUGAUUUAGUGUGGCAGCUUUCAAGAUGGCGGCCAUGUUUUGGACAUAGCUUUAGAGUAUCUAAACUUUUUUUUUCAGAUAAACUGCCUAAAUUGAGUCUUAAGGGUAGGAUAUUUAUGUUUCUGUGCAAAUUGGGACAUUUUUAAUUGCUGUAUAAUUCUCCUAUUGGUUAUAGUGGAAGACCUUGGUUCAUGCCUGUGUCACAGCCCUCGCGUGGGUGUAAGAGCCUCUCACCCAGACAGUUCCCUUUAGUGAGUCAGGAGUUGGAAUGGUGAGCAUUGCUAUGAAAGUUUGUUACUGUUUUGAACAUUAGCCCAUGUUAGCACUGAUGCUGCUAACAUCACUUUAACACUUUGAAAUUGGACUGAUUCUGUCCUCAAUUCUGCCAAGUUAAAUAAAGGUUAAAUAAAAAAAUUCUUGCUGGUGUAUUCAAA